UUCUCACUUUCUCACCUCAGAAAAGAAAAAGAGAGAAUUUCAAUUUUGCAUUUUCUUUUUAUUCGCCUUUCCGUCCAAAACUUUAAAACCCCAAUUUUAUUCUAGAUUAUACAGUAUAUCUUUUUGUAUCCAGUUUUAUAAACUCAUAUCUUUCUUCUUAGAGUUGAAGUCCGUUCAUCGUUCAAAGACGCCAGUUAUGUCGUUCACAAUCAGAGGACCAAAUGCUUCUUCUGGCUUGGGUGUGGCGGAUCACAGCAAAAGCACAUUUUUGGAACUAAAGAGGAAGAAGGUUCAUCGUUAUGUGAUCUUUAAGAUUGAUGAGAAGAAAAAGGAGGUGGUUGUCGAGAAAACUGGUGGACCGGCUGAGAGUUAUGAUGAUUUUACUGCCGCAUUGCCCGAGAAUGAUUGCCGAUAUGCAGUCUAUGACUUCGAUUUUGUGACUUCUGAAAACUGUCAAAAGAGCAAGAUAUUCUUCAUUGCAUGGUCUCCUGCAAUCUCUCGAAUUCGCGCCAAGAUGCUGUAUGCCACAUCCAAAGAAAGAUUUAGACGGGAGCUGGAUGGUAUUCAUUACGAGAUUCAGGCCACUGACCCUACCGAGAUGGAUCUUGAAGUGAUCAGAGAUCGCGCACGCUGAAGUCUGUGCAGUGUAAAGGUUUGUUCUGUACAAGUGAUGAAAAUGAAGUGUCAGGGUUCUGCCUGCUAAAGGAUAAUGCUUCUUGAAGCUUUCUGCAGAACUCAUAACUGGCACAACAAGUAUCAAUUAAAUAAGGGGCACGGUUUCAUAAUCAUUUGCAGCUUCUCGAUGGAAUUUGUAUACUCUCCAGCAUAUAAUUAUACAUUUAUACAUAUAUAUUUCGUGUCUGAUAAUUAAUUGUUGUCCUAUUUUAUUUUGAUUGUAUGCUAAUGCUUUUGAAUAGAACAAAAGUAGGAGGCACCUUGAGUUUAGCAUCAAAAAACUCUUUUCAGGCUUCUUAAUGGCAAUAAAGUUAAUCCGUGUUUGCCUUCUUAAA